CCGAGCAGUCAGCACGCCUGCGCUGCCCGCACAGUAGCCGCCAUGAGGCCCGACGCCAGCCAAGCCUUCCUGGUCGUGCCCGCAGCCGCCGCCGCCGCGGCGCAGCACCAGCACGGCAUGCUGCACCACGCCGCUGCCUCGCCACCCACCUCCGACUACGAGGAGCAGCCCAUCUCCAGGACUUACCAGUACAGAAAGGUGAUGAAGCCGAUGCUGGAGCGAAAGAGGCGCGCUCGCAUCAACAGGUGCCUAGACGAGCUGAAGGAGCUGAUGGUGGUGGCCCUGCAGGCGGAGGGCGAGAACGUGAGCAAGCUGGAGAAGGCGGACAUCCUGGAGCUGACGGUGCGCCACCUGCACAAGCUGCGCCGCCACCACGCCCUCGCGCUCACACCGGAGCUCGCCUACGCCGACAGGUUCCGCGCCGGUUUUACGCGCUGCGCAGCCGAGGUGUCGCAGUACCUGGCGGGGGCGGCGACGGCGGCGGAGACGGAGGGGUCGGGGUCGGCGCCGGGGGCGGGAGAGACGGGCGCCGCGCUGCUGCGCCACCUGGCCGCGUGUGUGCGCCACCUGGAGCAGCGCGGGGGUGGCGGCUCUCCGCCCCCGCCUCUGCCGGUACACCAGCCCGCCAACACACCGCCUCCAUCGCCUCCACCCCCACCACCGGUGACUCAACAGCACCACCACCAGCAGCAGCCGUCUCCUGUCGAGACUCCGGUAUUAACCGCCAGGACCACUUCAGUUCCACUGACGCAUGACAAACUGGAGAGUAUGGACAUAACAGAAGAAGAGGUGGAAGACGCACAGGCAUCGUCUGUUUGGAGGCCGUGGUGAGCCAGCACAGAAACUGGUUUAGUGGCGCUAGUUGCAUAUACCAAUGGUCUUUCCACGUGACAGAAUGUUGUUCAACAUUGAACAAGUUUAGAACUAAAAAUUACUUAGCUUAUACAAAUUGACUGAGUAAGUCUUUUUAUUUUGAUUUAUCCAUUACAGUAUCAAACAAAUACAGAGACGAGACUGGAAAUUAAAAUUCGUACCAUCUGGUAGUCUCCACCGUUUGCUGGGUUCUUGUCUGACAUAGGACGGUGUACCUAUACCGCUUUCGGGUGUUUCUGAAGCCAUUUGACUAUGUACAUGCCCUGUCAGGCAGUGGGGAGUAUCCCUGAUGACGUACCACAUGUCCUGGAAUUACACGCCCGUCAUCAGCGUGAGGUCAUGCUGUUUACAUACAUGGCUUUAAACGUUGCACAAGACGGAUGUAACUCAUAGUCAAUAUGAGCAUGAAUUCAUAAAGUAAUGACUGCACCUGUCAUGUAUGCAUAUCAGAAAGUGUACGUCUCAUGUAGAAUUUAAAAAACUUCUUCUGUUCUGUUUGGUCCAGAUGUUCAUCCCAUAAGAACACAUCACUCUCUUUUACGAUAAUUGUAAAAACUUGGGCAGAGAUUUUUGAGGUAAUGUCCAGCAGUGGGAUUAAUAUGAAGAAAUGGUAUAUAGCUGCAUAUACAUCUGUAUUUCACAAGCCCCCUUAUCGUACGUGGCGGAGGGUGCUUUGUGUCCUUACCCUCCAUCUUUCCACUUCCAGUAACGAACGGCACGUGGGAAGAGAGAGUUCGUAAGAGCUGGAAUCUCCCUGUUCUUGCUCAGGAGGAAGUAAUAUAUUGAUUGACUUUUCUUUGGACGUCCACACUCAGAAUUUUAACAGUAAAACAGACUUGAUGCACAAUGAUUCCCUUGUAGCGUCUUCCACUGUACUUGGAUGAGCUUCUCUGUGACACGAGGUUAUCAAACGAAUCUUUGACAAAACUAGAUUUUCUUCUUCAUAUCUCCUUUAUUUCCUCUGUUCCUGAGAUGCCCAAACAACUCAGUAGAUUCAAAAUCUUAAACAUGACUGGAGAUAAGCAGCUAUAUAGAAAUGAAGAGGUUGAAAAAAAUCAGCCAGCCAGUUGCAAAAUAAAAGUUUACUAGCCCUUGAUCUAGGUUUCGGUAUUUCUAAACGUAUUGUCUUCAGAGGGAGUAGGUCUUGUUACAUAGUCUAAUGUACCGCCAUGUGAUAUAACGAGUCCCACUCCCUCUGAAAAAGAUAUUUUUAGAAAUGUCUAAACCUAGGUCAAGGGAUAAUAAAACUUUGUUUUGCAAUUGGUUGCCUCAUUAUUUUCAAAUGACUUAGUAGAUCUGUGUGAAUGAGCUGUGUUAUCAGCAUUUAGUACUUAGAAUGAUACAAGAGAUGAAAAGAGAAAAAUAGAUUUGAGGUACAUGCAAUACAGUUAUCCCAGCAAGGGUUGAGCAGUAAUAUAUGACUGGCAGAGUAACACACUUUGUCAGAAAGUUUUGAGAGGUUUAUAUAUUUUUGUAAGACUGUUGUUUACAUUACAAACAUGGAUACACACUUUUCAUUCAAAAUUCAAGAUUAUUCAGUCAUAAAAGUGUAAGCUUCAUGCUACAGAUUUGCCGUCCAUACUAUUCAUCUGUAAAAUACCACUCUUAUAAUCCUACAGCUUCACAUCAUGUUCAAGCCACAUUCGCAGGUCUUUGUUUAGCAUUUCAGUGACUUAUGGUGCUAUGUCAUCUGUUUCUGUUAUGCAAUUUUCCGAAAAUACAAGACCUAAGGUAUUCCAUGUACUUCUGAUCAAAAUUGUUCAUAUUACUGAAUAAGUAUUUUAAAAUGUGUCAUAUCAGUGUAUACUUUUAAAUGUUAUAAUCUGACUAUUUUUGUAUUUUACCAAACGUUAGUGAAAUAAUGUGCAUCUCCUGUCAAAGACAUGAUUCACUCUGGAUUCAUACUGCUCCUGCCACAUAGAGUAACAGUGAUGCCACUGCCUUGUUGUCUCGUGUGUGGACUGUAUAGAGUGUUACUGUUAUUUGAAGCAGCUGUAUAUUGGCUUAUGAGGUAUUAUUGGUUGUAGCUUUAAACAUAUUCAUUGUUAAAUUUAAUUAUCAGUUAGGAGCCUUACAGGCUAUUUCAAUUUUAGUUCAUUGUUAAGAGUAUAUUCUGUAAUAGUUUAAUAUUAUGCCACACCAAUGUUUUUUAGGAAUCCUAUUUAUUUAUUAGACCCUACCAGUAAGGUUACUGCACAUUUAUUAGAGUUAAGCUUGAAUAUUGAGGUAUUACUAUAUUUUUAAAUGUUUCCCAAAAGAAAUAUGCCCAAUAAGAGCAAUAUUUUUAAUGACAUCACCAGCAACACUAUAUUUCAAAACGUUAUUUUAUGCAUAAUGAAAGGAUCCUUUACUCAAAAACUCAAAUAUUUGCUCUUCACUGACCUACAUUAAAAAUGUUCUAGAAAUCUUGUACAUGUAAUAUCUUAACAAGCUGAUAGUUUAGGAAUUAUAUCACCUACCUUAUGCUGUUAGCAAAUUCUAUAUGAAAUUUUUUGCUGUCGAGUUAAAAGUGGAAAUGACCAUAAUUUUAGAUAUUUUCAGGCAGUGUUAGAUUUAUAUAUGUAUAAUAUACUGAACUGAUUUUUCAGUCCAUAAUUUUAUUCCUGUUAUACAGUAACAUUAGUUUCAAAUGACAGCACCAGUUAUAAAAUAUCAACUUUACUGCAAAGACAAUAUUAUCUUUUAUUUUACAAUGGCUAUAGUGAAGUAAGUUGAAGACUGUACUUUAUUGCAUACUUUUAAUCAAUGUGGUAAUGCAAAUAUAUGCAGUGUACUUAAAACCUACCAUGGUAUUCGUGAAAAGACUGUGAUAUCUCCCAAGUACCUGAAAGUUAACUCUGUACUGUAUUAGUUCACUUGUAAGUACUCAGAGAAUUAUGUUUGUAGCAAGAGUGUUUCACCUAAAUGUAUAACACAAAUAAAAUAUGAUAGUAAA